AUGGUUUGUUUGGAUUUACAGAAAGAGCUGUUUGGUGCAGGAGAUGUAGGUCCACCAGACGGGAUGAGCAACCGGAAAAUGUCCAAUGGAUCCACCGGAAGCACCAAGCACAAAUGGCUCAAAGCCUUCAAAAGCCUCAAGACAAGUUCACCCACCACUCCACCCACUUCCGACAAGAAAAACUUGGAAUCUGAAGGCGGUCACCAGUGGCGCGAGCACACCUAUCGCAAGAUAACCCCUUGCGACGCUUGCGGACAGGUGCUGAGAGGACACAGUCGCCAGGGGCUCAGGUGUCGCAGCUGCAAAGUAAACGCUCAUGCAGAUUGCAUUAAUCUUGUACAGCCGGUUAAUUGUCCGAGUCUUGCUCCAAAACGCAGUGGAGGGAUUCCGUUGCUAAGACGUCAGAGGACGCCCGCACCACCUAUCGAGGAUGCUAAUUCUACCGAGCACAGCAUUGACGCUACGUACCAGGUACUCAAACAGGCCGGAGAAAUCCGUGGAAGCUCAACAAACUCGCCGCCUACGCCUCCUACUGGUGAUCAUCUUUCCUCUGGAGUGGGUCCUACGUCGAGGGCCAUCUCGUCCCACCCUUCCUCGUCCACCUCUGCUCCGCACAGUCCGCAACGUCGACGCGAGCGGCUUAACCUCAGGAUGAAGAGCCUCAGUCUGGACUCGCCGGAAGGAUCGGCCCACGUGAGACAUCGCCCGAGGGACUACUACUCGGGGCAGAAGGACUCAACUCCGCCCAGGCACUCCGAUAGCGGCAGCAUUAAUCCCCCUUGCAGCUCAGGUCACGGACAGCCGGUUCACAAGCAGAGUCGCAGCGCGAUCAGGAUGUCCAGCAUGGAGCUCCCGGAUGAUAACGACAAGUCCUAUUCAUCGGCCAGCACCUCUCCUUGCCCGUCACCCCACGCCAACAAUCAGAGUCACUUGAAUUUUCCGGGGAAACGGGUAUUGCCUACGAAUAAUCUCUUCGUUGUGUUGUACAACUUUGAUGCACGACAUCGUGAUGAACUUGACCUCAAAGCCGGAUAUAAAAUAACAGUGAUUGAUAAGUCAGAGAAAGAUUGGUGGAAAGGUAAAUGUUUGGGCGGCAAAGCUGGUUACUUUCCAAGUGCAUACGUUAUGAAAAUAGAAUCUGGUCAAAAAACGCUCCAAGUUACCCGCAAUCUUCAAUUAACCGACACCGUGACACUUCUGCGAGACCAAAUCGUGAUCCAAGUAAGCGACGCAGUAGAUGGCGUAGCAAUGGUCCGAUGUGCAGCAGACACCCGUUCAUCGGGGCACGUUACCGAAGAAGGUGAUGUGCAGUUCCGGGAGGUCCUUUGCCCUACCAAGUUCCUUCAGGAGGUGUGA